AUGGAACGUCUUAUGCAAGCAAUGCAUGAUUCAGCAGCUGUCUACGUGGUGACCCGCGGUAUGCGGGAGAUCCGUGCCAUCCUGACUGGUCGUAUGGUCGCUUUCGACCGAUACUGGAAUCUGAUUUUGGCCGAUGUGACUGAGUACAAAACGGUAGCUUACCCCAAAUUGCAAAGUAAUGAAGGCCCUGGCAGGCGACGUCGCAGACGACGACGUCGAAUUCAACAAGUGAUGGAACGAAUGGCACAACGCAACCACUCAGUCUCCAGUAGAGAAAGUGAAAUCAUGCCCUCGGAGUCUCCUAGACUGGAUGUGGAGAAUGAGAAACAAACAGCUUCCACGCAGUUUGACGAUCCCACGGGGUUCAAUGCAGUCCUCGAACCAGUGUGCAAUCGAAUGACAGAAGAAGAGCCACUGGAUCAGCUCCCCAUCACCGGUUACGACUACUCCGUGGGUUCAUUGACGGAGGAGGAGUACCGCCAAUGGAUUGAGCACACCUUUCUUCACAUGUUUCAGUCCUACGAUCAAAUCGGUGGCAUUCCCUGCCGUGAACUACUCAACCGAUUUCAAUAUCGGGGCUAUGGGUUGCCGCAAGAUCGCAGAAAGGACCUCAUGCUCUACCUGGAUGCCAAUAGAGAUGGGAGGAUCACUUAUGAGCAAUUCCGCGCCGUCCUUGUACACAAACGAUACCUCGACCUGUCACCAUACCAACGAGUCGCCCUGUGCGCCCUUCUGGCUGCCAAUCCGGGCUUGCGAUUAGCCGCUGCCAGAGCUCGUGCUAUCAAACACCUUCAGAUGCUUGACGCAAUCGGCCGUGGUGCUGGUGAUGACGACAAGGUUAUCACUUCGGAGAAGCUGCCUAACGCGAUAACGGGAUACGCUGGGAACUGCGAUGAUGACGGUAAUGGAGACGGUGGUGCGAUGUUUAGACUAGAGCCCGAUGGUGUGUGGCCAACUUCAAGGGCCCGGCUGGGACGAAGGUGUCAACCAGGGGAGGCUCUGACCAUUAUGGAGGAGGAGUACAUUCCAGAGUUCUACUUAAAGGUGCUGAAGUGUCUACCACCUCCGAUUUUCUGUUCCGUGGUGGUCCUUGUUCAGUUAGCUGUCUUCAUCUACUAUGCAGUGGAGCUAAAUCGUCGAGCUGAAGCCGAGCCAGCGAAUGCGUUGACCUGGUCGUCAGGAUUUCCCUACUUCUCGCCACUUUUCUUUGACCCACGUCGACGUCGAGAAGUUUGGAGGUUCUUUACUUACUUUCUCGUCCAUCAGGGUAUAUGGCACGUGAUCUUCAACAGCCUGGUGACUCUCCUUUUGGGCAGCCUAAUGGAAUGGGCCCAAGGAACGUGGCGGGUGGCAGUACUCUACUUCCUCGGGGUACUGGCAGGCUCUCUGGCCACUUCGGUGUGGGAUCCCAGAACCAUCGGCAUCGGAGCCAGCGGCGGUGCCUACGUCCUUCUCGGUGCCCAUCUCGCCCUUACGGUGGUUCAUUGGGAGGAGAUGAAACACGACUUCUUUGCGGUGGCUCGUGCAUCCACGGCUGCGAAGCGGGCGAUGGCUGUUGCUGUCUCUGGAAUUUUUAGGGUCUGUCUGAUCCUCCUCCUCUGUGCAGUGGACUUUGGAAUCGCGUUGUACGAGCGCUAUGGCCUGCCUGACGCCCCGCUGCACGCGAGCUACUCACCUAUACCCGCAGGUCUCAUGACGGGGGUGUUGGUGGGUGUGCCACUGUUGCGCUAUUUCCACGAGCGGCCAUGGGAGCGGAUCGAAUUCUGGGCGUGCUUUGGUGUAUGCUUUGCCCUCUUUAUCUUCACCAUCUUCUGGAAUAUCUUCUGGCCUGGAUACCCGACUCAGAAGAUCUAG